GGGCUAGCUAGCUGCGUCACAGGAAAGCGGGACGGAGCAAGGGAUCCCCUGCCUUUCGCCUUGAAAAAGACCCCCUUCCCCGGGCUCGAGCGGGACCAUUUUCGGCAGCAGAGGCCCUCGGAGACGGAGGGAGCCGCUGGCCGAGUUGGGGGCCUGGCGACGGCCGGGAAGCCGACUUCCAGGGGGCCGUUUGAGGCUCCUUUUGGUGACGUCAGGAGGGGGACCGACCUCUUUUGUAUAAAUACGCUUGGCUGCGAGCGUGGUUCAUUCAUAAGAUUGGGGUCCGGGAAGAACGAACGGCAGGGACGGCACAACAGCGGGCUGCGGAGCGCGGGACUUCGGGGCAGCCCCAACUUCUCCUCUCGGCCAAUUUAGAAUUGCGGCUACACCACUCGCCAAGAACCGGAGUCGCUUCGGAUUGCUACUUGGAUUUGCUGGGCGCUUUCUUUGCACACUUUUGAUUUGGGGGGCUGGUGGCCUGACCGGGGGAACUUCGGCCUGGCGUUUUCCCCUCCCCCCGCCCCCUUGGCAAUAUGCGGCUACAACUUUGAACGGAAGCGGAGAAGAGGCGGAGGCAGGGGGGCUCCGGACCUCUGGGCGCCUCUCCCCCCAAGCGCAGGCAGCUGAAGGGGGGAAAGGGAAAGAGAGAGAAGCCACCGCCGUUGCCUCGCUUGCAUCGGAGUCACCCAGCCGGACAGCCAGCCGCCGGGCGAGGAGAGGGGUGUCUCGGCUUGUCCGCUCUGCCGCUCGCCCCUCAUCUUGGCUUCCAGGCGUCCCCCGCGCGGCCGCGGCCUUCCCCCUGCACCCCCGAGGGAGAUGUAUCAGGGCUUCCCCGGAGACUACGACUCCACCUCGCGGUGCAGCUCGUCCCCUUCGGCCGAGUCCCAGUACCUCUCCUCGGUGGAUUCUUUCGGGAGCCCCACGGCCGCCGCUGCCGCCUCCUCGCAGGAGUGCAGUGGCCUUGGGGAAAUGCCUGGAUCCUUUGUGCCAACAGUGACAGCAAUAUCCACUAGCCAAGACCUCCAGUGGCUGGUGCAGCCUACCCUGAUCUCUUCCAUGGCGCAGUCUCAGCAGCCUCCGGGCCAGCAAAUGCCGCCACAGCAGCAGCAGCAGCAGCAGCCGCCUCCCGUGGACCCUUAUGACCUGCCUGGCACCAGCUACUCCACCCCAGGAAUGAGUGCCUACCCUGCCGGCCCCUCCGCAGCCCCCAUGGCGGCCACGCCACCCCGCUCCACCAGGGCCCGGGCCCGAAGGACACGCGAGGAAACGCUGACACCAGAGGAGGAGGAAAAACGCCGUGUCCGUCGGGAGCGGAACAAGCUCGCAGCGGCAAAAUGUCGGAAUCGCCGCCGGGAGCUGACUGAUCGGCUGCAAGCGGAGACAGACCAACUGGAGGAAGAGAAGGCCGAGCUGGAGUCUGAGAUAGCUGAACUGCAGAAGGAGAGAGAGCGGCUGGAGUUUGUUCUGGUGGCUCACAAGCCGAGCUGCAAAAUCCCCUUCGAGGACGUGCCAGAGCUGAGCGGGCAGCCCAGCACCUCGACUGAGGUGAGCGCUCUAGCCAUGCCGGUCAAAGAGGACCCCUUUGGGCCGACGGCGGCCUACUCAUCGCUGCCCCUCCACUACCAGCAGACCCUUGGCGGAGUCCAAGCCGUGGGCCCGGCGGAGGUAGCGUUUUGUAGUUCUUACUUUACACAUGGUGAACAGGUGACCGCCCCGUACCCGGCUAACCCUUCAUAUACAUCUUCGUUUGUGUUCACCUACCCAGAGGGCGCCACCUGCGGAGCCACCCACCAGCGGAACAGCAGCAGCGACCAGUCCUCGGACUCCCUGAACUCUCCCUCGCUCCUUGCUUUGUGAAACUCAAAACCCAAACUUAGUUGCGCGCUCUCUAACCUCUAAGCCCACCUGUGCAAACCUCUCUGUGAAUAAGCGGGGCGAAGAGAUGGAAACGCACCCCCUGCCCCAAGCCACCUUGGAGCAUCCCAUGUACAUGAUGCCAAAAGACAGACUGAGAAACCUUGGCCAGCAGCGCCACUGCCACCUCUCUAGCCACGUGCCAUGUUUAAACUUCGGGAGGGCACAGCCCCGUUCGCAGGCGGAUCGUUGCUGAUGGUGCCCAGCUUUUAAAUUUCUGCCUUGGGGUGGUUUUUUUGCAAUGUUCAACUCUGGAGGAACACGGAGGAUGCUAUUUGGACUGCCAUCGUUGGAUCCAGCACUUGGAGGGAGGCUGAGCCUAGCUUGCUCUCUGGAAUCGCCAGGGGCAGAGGGGGUGCCUCCUCUUUCCAUGGAAAAGGGACUCCUGGUUGAGCACGGACUGUCCUGUUUCUCUACUCUGUUGUAAGAAGCUGAGCAAAGGAGAUGGCUUGUCAGUGGGGAAAAUGAGGAUGAAUGGGGUUCCCCUCCCUGGC